AUGACAGCGCAGUUGAAUACAAUACGGCCAGAAUCGAUUGGUGAAUCUGAAGCAAUGGCUGUAGUAGUACUUCGACCACACAUCAUGAAACCCAAACUUUUGUUCUCUGUUCAUGCCUUCGGACAGCGUUUGAAACGACACCGGUCAGAUUCAAACAUAAAGUCUAAACCGAACAUCGAAUUGACACCAAUGGAUAUCAAUUCCCAAGAAAAAGUCGAUAUUCGAAUCUGCGAGACUUUCACUCUAUUUUUAAAUCUUCCUCUAGAAUUGCAGCGCAAGAUAUGGGAAUUUGCCGCCAUCCCCCGUCGUCGAACUAUCGAGGCCAGAACACCAUUCGGGAAUGGGAACAUAUGUACUCGUAUUACAAGCAUUGGUAUUUUCUUUGGAGUUAGCCCUCGUAUACCCAGUCAUACGGUAUCGACUUGUGCCCCGACAGGCCUUCUUCAUACCUGUCACGAAGCUCGAAAUGUAGCCAUGAGAAACUACAGUUUCCUCACCUUUUUUGACCGUCCUCUAUACUGCAAUGAAGAUAUCGAUGUCUUGUGGCUGAGGGGUGAUCCAAUACCUGUCUUCAAGUCUAUGCGUGGCAAUUUCUACAACACGCCCAUCAUGCACGGUAGAGGUCGAAGCAGAGGCGUUAUCACAUCCAAGUUCCAAUUCCGCCAUCUCGCAAUCGACUUUAACUCUUUCAUUCCUCAUCUUCGUUAUCUCUGGUUAUCGUUCUGGACUAUGAAAUUCUGGGAUUUUUAUGUGUUUAAAGGAUAUCCAGUAGAAAAGAUUUACGUGGUGUAUACGACGAGGGACCAGGAGAAAGAAGCUAUUGAGGAAGCGACCCAUUUGGUUAGGACUAGGAUGGAAUUUAUGAGAGAGUUCAGUCAUUAUCCGGGCCUUUCGACAGAGGAGAGAAUGGAGAGAAUACAGCUGGAAAUCCAGACACCUGUAGUUGAAGCGAUUCUGGAUACUGACCUUGAUCCUUACUGCAAACUGAAACCUAAGGGCAAGAAUUGGCUGCUUGAAGGGUUGCGACACAAAGUAUAA